AUGUGCCAUUCAGAAGUUGUGAAGGGCAGCCGCGCGCGAGUUGUGCUGCUUUUUGGAGAGCAGCGGAACGAGGGAAAUUUACAAACGGCGGAAAACAUUGCGAAAGCUUGGAAGGCACUCUAUAACCCUCUUGUGGCCUGCGGCGAACGAAGCUAUGCACUGAUUGGUCCUCUGGCUGAGUUGGAUCUCGCUCUGAUCAAAUACGUUAGCGGUGUUGUCGAAAAGAGCGGUUUCAGGCCUGUCGUUGUCCCGGACAUAAUUCACCAAAAUAUACCGGAGGCGUGCGGCUUACAACAAAGAUCGGAUAAAAAUAUUCUUUAUCGUCUUAACGAACAU